UUAGUUUACUUUGCUAACACGUAGCUAUGCCUCUUAUCGUGAUGUGUGGUUUUCCUUGUAGUGGUAAAACGCGUAGGGCAGAAGAAUUAAAGUUGCAUUUUGAGCAGAAAACAGACCGAAAGGUUCACGUGGUGGGAGACGGAGCCAUGGGUAUCGAGAAAAACGCCGUGUACGCAGAUUCCCAAAAGGAAAAAAAUGUAAGAGCAGCUCUGAGAGCAGAGGUAGAGAGGAAAGUAAAUAAGGAUGACAUUGUUAUUUUGGAUUCAUUAAACUACAUAAAAGGCUACCGCUACGAAUUGUACUGUCUCAUCAAACAUGCGCAGACACCACACUGCCUGGUUUACUGUUUGACAUCAGCUGACCUGAGCUCUACAUGGAAUACCAGCAGAGAGGAGGCAGAGCAGUACAGCCAUGACAUUUUUGAUGCAUUAGUGCUGAGGUUUGAAGCUCCAGACUCCAGAAAUCGAUGGGACAGCCCUCUUUUCACCAUCCUCAAAGAUGCUACGCUUCCAUUUGAAGCCAUAUCUGAGGCCAUUUUCAGUAGAAAGGCUCCCCCACCAAACCAGUCUACACAGAGUCAACCGCUGUCGUCUGCAAAUUUCUUGUAUGAACUGGACAAAGUCACUCAAGACGCAUUAUCGGCAAUUUUUAAUGCACAGAAGACGAGUGUUCCCGGGGAUUUCAUUGCAGUUCCAGGAGCUACAGAAAAAAUAGCGCUCAGCAGGAACAUCAACAUGGCAGAACUUCGCAAACUGCGACGCCAGUUCAUCAGCUAUGCUAAGAUGCACCCAACGGAGGACAUCGGACAGAUUUCAAACAUGUUUGUUCAGUAUUUAAAUAAGAGUCUUCACUGAAAAAAUGUU